AUGCACGAUGGAGUCUUCUGGAUAUUGAAUGUCCGUGGACAGCCAUUCUUUGGAGCCUUGGGCUGUGCGAGUGCCAUCAUUUUCACGACCUUUGGUGCAGCCUAUGGAACUGCCAAGUCUGGUGUCGGGAUUUGCUCCUCGGGGAUCAUGAGACCUGAUCUCAUCGUGAAAAACAUCGUCCCUGUUGUUAUGGCUGGUAUUCUCGGGAUCUAUGGGCUAGUGGUCUCGGUCUUAAUUGCGAACAACCUCACGCAAAGAGUCCCUCUCUAUACAAGCCUACUUCAACUGGGUGCAGGUCUGUCAGUAGGUCUUUGUGGACUAGCCGCGGGGUUUGCGAUCGGAAUUGUUGGUGACGCUGGAGUCCGAGGAACGGCUCAGCAGCCUCGGCUUUAUGUCGGCAUGAUACUAAUCCUAAUCUUUGCUGAAGUCUUAGGCUUAUACGGGUUGAUUGUCGCUCUCCUCAUGAAUUCCAGGGCAGGCGUCAUUGAUUAUCCGUGUGAUUGA